AUGAAAAAGUACCUUGAGAAAACAGACAGGAGCGCUUGGGUAUAUGGUCGCUGGACCUUGACUCUUCCUGUGUUCGGAUUUUCUGGCUCUCUCAGGAGCCUUCCAGCGACUAAGCUUCCCCUGUCAGGCUCGAGGGCGACCUCCUCUAGCUCGGAGCUCCGAGCAGACCUUGCCUUGCACGGGGCAGAACUAUUCAUCAGCACGUGCCGCGGACGCAGCACCACGUACAGCCCAGAUUCCUCCGCCAACCAACUGCCGGAUCCACUGCUGCCGACUCGGGCCCAGCGCUCACCAGGGAGCGAUCGAUCACCUCACCUCCAGCGGGGAAACCGGCAUCCGGACCCAGUGAUGGCAGACCACGGAUAUUUAGGUAUCAUGGGUAAUAAUACAGCAGAUGCCAAUAACAUAAAGAAUAUCUAUAUAGCAGUGGAGUCUGUAAUUGGAAUUAUUGCUAUUUUGGGCAACACCCUUGUUAUCUGGGCUGUGAAAGUUAAUCCAGCACUUCAAGAUACAACCUUUUACUUUAUUGUAUCACUGGCAUCGGCAGACCUGGCGGUUGGAAUUCUAGUUAUGCCCCUUGCCAUUAUUUUGAGUCUUGAUAAGGAAUUUGAUUUCUACAUCUGCUUGUUCAUGUGUUGUCUAAUCAUUAUCUUAACCAAUGUGUCGAUCCUGUCCUUGCUGGCUAUAGCGGUUGACCGGUAUUUGAGAAUUCGAAUACCAACCAACUACAGAACUGUGAUGACCAAAAAGAGAGUAUCAUUAUGUAUAAUCUUCUUCUGGAGUUUGUCUGGCCUGGGAGCAAUGGUGCCAAUGUUUGGUUGGAACAAUAGGUCAAAAUAUAAGGAACCUACCAUAAGGUGCAAUUUCCCCAAUGUCAUCAGCUUGGACUAUCUGGUUUACUUCUGCUUUUUUGGGUGGAUUCUUAUUCCUCUAUUUUUCAUGGUGGUCUUGUAUGUGAAGAUAUUCUACCUUAUGAGAAAACAGAUAAGACAAAGCGCUAACAAUUUUCAAAGCAGAGGGAUCUACUACAGAAAGGAGUUCAAGACAGCCACAUUAUUAGUUCUGGUCUUGGUAUUGUUCACUUUAUGUUGGUUGCCCAUAUCCAUUGUGAACUGUAUGAACUAUUUUUAUCCGAGUGUUGAGCUAUCUAUCGCAUUCCAACCAGUUAUUUUUGUAUCAAUUUUAUUGUCUCAUCUCAAUUCAGCUCUGAACCCAAUUCUCUAUGCAUUCAAAAUAAAGAAGUUUAAGUACACCUUUCUUAAUAUCAUAAGAACUUGGAUACUCUGCAAGGCUGAAGCAUCUGAAAGUCCUAUUACUGAAAACACCCUGGAAAAAUAUGAACCCUGA